GUAUCGGACCCCAUCAUCUCUUUCUCCACCUCAGUUCCUAAUCAACAGUAAACAUGAAUGAUCACGCCCUUCCUGAUCCACGAUUCCGAUACCAUCAACAAUGGCGAACCUCUCAGAGACCUAUGCUUGUGCGCCUUCCACCGAACGCGGUCGGGGGAUUCUCAUUUCCGGCGACCCGAAAUCCAACAACGUUCUAUACUGCACUGGGCGAUCCGUCAUGAUCCGCAAUCUCGAUAACCCGCUUCAGGUUUCUGUCUAUGGCGAGCACGGCUACCCUGUCACUGUGGCACGGUACUCUCCCAAUGGUGAAUGGAUUGCUUCAGCGGAUGUCUCCGGCGCCGUUCGGAUCUGGGGCACCCAUAACGAUUUUGUUCUUAAGAAUGAGUUCCGGGUCCUUUCGGGUCGGAUAGAUGACCUUCAGUGGUCCGCAGACUGUUUAAGGAUCGUCGCUUGUGGGGAUGGCAAAGGGAAGUCAUUCGUUCGUGCUUUUAUGUGGGAUUCAGGCAGUACUGUGGGGGAUUUUGAUGGUCAUUCACGGCGAGUUUUAAGCUGUGCAUUCAAACCGACAAGGCCUUUUCGCAUUGUCACAUGUGGAGAAGACUUUUUGGUUAAUUUUUAUGAUGGUCCUCCAUUCAAGUUCAACAUGUCCAUCAGGGACCAUUCAAAUUUUGUGAAUUGUGUUAGAUUUUCCCCUGAUGGGACCAAAUUCAUAACUGUGAGCUCAGAUAGAAAGGGUAUCAUAUAUGAUGGGAAGACUGGGGAUAAACUUGGCGAGUUGUCUGCAGAGGGUGGCCACAAGGGCAGCAUAUAUGCUGUAAGCUGGAGUCCUGACAGUAAACAGGUGCUUACCGUGUCGGCUGAUAAAUCUGCAAAGAUCUGGGAUAUUCUCGAGGACGGAAGUGGAAGUUUAAAUAGGACUUUAUCGAGUUCAGAAUCUGGUGGGGUGGAGGAUAUGCUUGUUGGUUGUCUCUGGCAGAAUAAUCAUCUUCUUACUGUCUCCCUUGGUGGCAUGAUUAAUUUAUAUUCGGCAACAGAUUUAGAUAAAAGUCCGAUAUCAUUAUCUGGCCAUAUGAAGAACGUUGCUGUUUUGACCAUACUCAACAGAACUGAAAAGAUUCUGUUGUCAUGUAGCUAUGAUGGAGUGAUCUUAAAAUGGAUUGCAGGCAUUGGUUGUUGUGGGAAAUUAGAUAGUAAACAAUUCGGAUUAAUUAAAUUGUUAGCAGCCGGUGAAGAAGAAGUCAUUACAGCUGGAUUUGACAACAAGGUAUGGAGGGUUCCUUUGCAUGGGGUUGAUUUCGGAGCUCCUGAGCAAAUUGAUGUUGGAAAUCAGCCAAAGGACUUGAGCCUUGCCCUUAAUUCUCCUAAACUCUCUUUGGUAGCAAUUGAAUCUGGGAUUUUUUUGCUUAACGGUUUAGAAAUUGUCGCAGCUCAUAACCUAGACUUCACUGUGACUGCAUCUGCAAUUUCACCUGAUGGAAGUGAAGCAAUUGUAGGUGGGCAAGAUGGCAAGUUGCACGUAUAUUCUGUCUCAGGAAAUACACUUACAGAAGAGAAAGUCCUUGAAAAGCACCGUGGUGCUAUCAGUGUGAUAAGAUAUUCUCCAAAUGUUACCAUGUUUGCUUCAGCUGACUUGAAUCGUGAAGCUGUUGUUUGGGACCGUGAUUCUAAAGAGGUGAAGCUCAAUAACAUGUUAUUUCACUCUGCACGUAUUAACUGCCUAGCUUGGUCACCUGAUAACACCCUCAUAGCUACUGGGUCACUUGAUACGUGCGUCAUCAUCUAUGAAAUUGGAAAGCCAGCAUCAAGCCGCAGAACCAUAAAAGGAGCUCAUUUAGGUGGAGUCUACGGGUUGGCUUUUAUUGAUAAUGAUAGCGUGGUCAGUUCUGGAGAAGAUGGCUGUAUUCGUGUCUGGAAAUUGGCUUCGGAAUAAAUUUAGCUUCAGAACAACUACGAGUAUCUUGCGAACGCAUACUUCAGAACAACAUGUAGUUCUUCUGUCUUACGUUAUAAUGUUCAAUGGUCUGCCUUGUUAGGGGAAGAAGAUAACAGGGUACACUGUAUUUGUGCAUGGUCUUUAUAGAUAUCUCUUAGGACUCACUUAUCACUCUGAUGUCCUUUAAAGGCAACUCCUAGUUAUUGCCAUAGAAGCGGGCCAUGUUUUCAAGGGGUAGAAUGAAUAGAGUUAAAUGCACUGGAGGUCAAAAUAACUUUCAAUAUUGACUUACACGCUAAGAUGAUGUACCCUGCAGAUCAACGCAGGGGAAGAGAGAUUAUGGAUAUAAUGCAAUGAAAAAAAAAAAAAAAUUCCUUACCAAUGUUAGGGAAGGACUUGGAUUUUAA